CCCCACAGUCAAGUGUUCAUUUUCUGUCCAUGUAUUGUUGGCAAGUGAACGGUCAUUGAUGUAACGAUCUUACUUAGCCGGGCUACUGUUAGCCUGCUAAUAAUUAGCAUCGAUGUUUGUAAUUCUGGACUUUAAUUGGGCCACUGAAAAUGCAUCACUUUGGUUCAUAACCAAACUCUCCUUUCAUGUAUAUGAUUUGUUGACAUGUUAUUUGAUGGAAGCCAACUUGUUCCUGUCUGGUUAGCGUUAGCAUAAACGUUAGCCAGCGCUAAAGUACAAGGUAGACGCUGGCCUUUUAAGUCUGCUUUGAAAAUAUCAGCGAUCCCCCCACAGCCAGCUAUCAUUAGUUAGGUCGGCUUGAACACUCUGCAUUGGCGUUGACAGUUCUCGAGAGAGUGAUACUGGAUUUGUCUGGUUACCUGUCGACUUGACAGCUGUAUAUUUCUUAUUUGAUUUGAUGAAGCGACAGAGACGUGAAUGGUAGUGUCUAGAAAGGGUAUGUCCCUUCAGGAGAGAGGUGCCAAUGUCCAACCGGCCUAAUUCCAAUCCAGGGGGGUCACUGCGCCGUUCACAGAGGAACACUGCUGCGGCCCAGCCACAAGACCACACAGUCGCAGGAAGGUUGCAGUCUGAGCAGAUAAAACAUAAAGCAAAUUCCCCACCUGAAAGUAGAAGACCUAAUUCUAAGGCUUCCAAAGCCACAGCCAGCACAGCCACUGGCCAGUCCAGAGGGCACAGCUCAAGAAGCAGAACCAGUCUUACUCAGUCCGUGGCUUCAUUUGUUUUGCAAGACGACUCGGAGGCUGCAGGAACAUCUGAACAAGAGAGACCUGGCCACCAGUCAAAGAGUGAAGGCACCCGAGGGUUAAAACGAAGCGAAGCUCCUGACCAAAUAAGUACCUUUGCACCAACCCCUGCCAAGAAGCCCAAAUCACUCCCACCACCCCGAGAAAAUACCUCAGAAAACAAGAAAGGCCCAGCAAAGUCCAAGAAGAGAUCACUUGCCCCAGAACCACCUGCAUCGUCAGGUCGUGGUCAGAGCAAGAAGAGCGGGCCCACUGGGGCCUCAUCAGGCCAGAAACGGAAGAAAGUGGACUCUCUCCCCGGUCUAAGUAGCGCCGCUGGGUCCCUCCCCAAUCGCACAGAGGGCAGAACUGUAAAACCCACCAAGCUGGCGUCUAAAUCGGCCGCCUCAGCCAAAGCUGGGUGUAGCAACGUGACAGACUCCUCCUCCUCUGCCUCCACCUCUUCCUCUUCUUCCACCACAGGCACCAACAGUUCCACCACGCAGGGCGCCAGAGUCAAACAGGGAAAAGAUCAGACCAAGGCACGUCGCUCUCGCUCAGCCUCAAGCCCCUCCCCACGCCGCAGUACCCGUGAAAAGGAGCAAGCAAAAUCUGCCAGUUCUUCAAAAUUUGAGUGGGCAGCACGCUUCAAUCCCAAAGUUAACUUGCCAAAACCCAAACUGUCCUUGCCCGGAUCAUCCAAAACUGAGACCUCCAAACCUGGGCCCUCAGGAUUACAAGCUAAACUAGCAAGUUUGAGGAAAUCAACUAAGAAGCGCAGCGAGUCUCCUCCAGCAGAGCUCCCCAGCUAUCGGCGGAGCACACGCCAGAAGACCACGGGCUCCUGUGCCAGCACCAGUCGGCGGGGCUCAGGCCUAGGCAAGCGCGGGGCAGCCGACGCUCGCCGGCAGGAGAAAAUGGCCGACUCCGACAACAAUCAGGAUGGGGCCAAUUCCUCAGCCGCUCGCACUGAUGAGGCAUCACAGGGGGCUUCAGCUUCAAGCUCAGUUGCUGGAGCAGUGGGCAUGACCACCUCUGGAGAAAGUGAGUCUGAUGACUCUGAAAUGGGAAGACUCCAAGCUCUAUUGGAGGCCAGAGGACUCCCCCCACAUCUUUUUGGGCCCCUGGGACCCCGCAUGUCUCAGCUGUUUCACAGGACCAUAGGCAGUGGAGCCAGCUCCAAAGCUCAGCAGUUACUGCAGGGCCUGCAGGCUACAGGUGAUGAGUCUCAGCAACUUCAAGCAGCUAUUGAGAUGUGCCAGCUGCUGGUAAUGGGCAAUGAGGAGACACUUGGUGGAUUCCCUGUUAAGAGUGUGGUGCCUGCUUUGAUUACAUUGUUACAAAUGGAGCAUAACUUUGAUAUUAUGAAUCAUGCCUCUCGUGCACUCACGUAUAUGAUGGAGGCACUGCCUCGGUCCUCUGCUGUGGUGGUGGAUGCUAUUCCUGUCUUCCUGGAUAAGCUUCAGGUGAUCCAGUUCAUUGACGUAGCAGAGCAGGCCCUGACUGCCUUGGAAAUGUUGUCAAGGCGACACAGCAAAGCCAUUUUGCAGGCUGGUGGACUUGCUUCCUGCCUCCUCUACCUAGAGUUCUUUAGCAUCAAUGCUCAGAGGAAUGCUUUGGCCAUUGCAGCCAACUGCUGCCAAAGCAUUACUCCAGAAGAGUUCCACUUUGUAGCUGAUUCCCUGCCACUGUUGACGCAGAGACUCACACAUCAGGAUAAAAAAUCAGUGGAAAGCACUUGUCUCUGUUUUGCCAGACUGGUGGACAACUUUCAACAUGAAGAGAACCUUCUUCAGGAGGUGGCAUCACGGGACCUGUUGACCAACAUUCAGCAGCUGCUGGUAGUGACCCCUCCUGUACUCAGCUCGGGGAUGUUUAUCAUGGUGGUGCGCAUGUUUUCCCUUAUGUGCUCCAACUGCCCCUGCCUGGCAGUCCAGCUUAUGAAACAGAACAUAGCCGAGACUCUGCGUUUCCUUUUAUGUGGUGCAUCUAACGGCAGUUGCCAGGAGCAGAUUGAACUGGUACCCCGGAGCCCCCAGGAGCUCUAUGAACUGACCUCACUCAUAUGUGAGCUGAUGCCCUGCCUACCUAGAGAGGGGAUUUUUGCAGUUGAUUUAAUGCUGAAGAAGGGUAGUGCUCAGACGACCGAGGGUGCGAUCUGGCAGUGGAGGGAUGACCGUGGACUAUGGCAUCCUUACAACCGUAUUGACAGCCGCAUCAUUGAGACAGCCCACCAGAACGGAGAGGAUGAGAUCAGCUUGUCAACUCUGGGCCGUGUCUACACAAUUGACUUCAACUCUAUGCAGCAGAUAAAUGAAGACACAGGAACAGCACGCGGCAUACAGAGAAAACCAAAUCCUCUUGCCAACCCCAAUACAGGGAGUCACCAGGAGGUUCGUCGAGAAGACGCUCGAGCCCAGUUGAUGAAGGAAGACCCAGAGCUGGCCAAGUGCUUUAUCAAAACUCUGUUUGGGGUCUUGUAUGAGGUUUACAGCUCAUCAGCUGGCCCUGCUGUGAGACACAAGUGCCUUAGAGCCAUCCUCAGGAUCAUCUACUUUGCUGAUGCUGAGCUGCUGAAGGAUGUGCUGAGGAACCAUGCUGUGUCCAGUCACAUUGCCUCCAUGCUGUCCAGCCAGGACCUGAAGAUUGUAGUAGGUUCUCUGCAAAUGGCUGAGAUCCUCAUGCAGAAGCUGCCUAAUGUCUUCAGUGUCUAUUUCAGAAGAGAAGGUGUAAUGCACCAGGUUAAAAACCUGGCAGAGUCUGAGACCUUUCUAGUCACUAGUCCCCCUAAGGCUUGCCCUAGUGGUACUGCCAGUCUGUGCACUACCACCAUCAGCACUGCAUCGACCACAUCUGCUAAUAAUGCUACUCCAGACCUGGGCUCACCCAGCUUCCAGCACAGCAUGGAUGACUCACUGGACCUCAGCCCACAGGGGCGGUUAAGUGAUGUCCUGAAGAGAAAACGACUACCUAAAAGAGGGCCAAGAAGACCCAAAUACUCUCCCCCAAGAGAUGAUGAUAAAGUUGACAAUCAGGCCAAGAGCCCUACCAGUACUCAGUCACCCAAAUCUUCCUUCUUGGCCAGUCUCAACCCCAAGACCUGGGGUAAGCUGGGCACCCAGGCCAACAACGCCAACUCUGAGCCCUCACGCACAGCCGGGGUGAGUGGCCUGGCAAGGGCCCCUCCCAAGGACUCAAUUUCAAAUAACAGAGACAAAAUAAAGGCCUGGAUCAAAGAACAGGCAAGUAAGUUUGUAGAGCGCUACUUCAACUCAGAAAAUGUGGAUGGCAGCAACCCCGCACUGAAUGUACUCCAGAGACUUUGCACAGCCACUGAGCAGCUCAACCUGCAGGUGGACGGUGGUAUGGAAUGUCUGCUGGAGAUUUCAAGUAUUGUAUCGGAAUCUGAUGUGUCCUCAUUUGAGAUCCAGCACAGUGGGUUGGUGAAGCAGCUCUUGGUUUACCUGACCUCCAACACAGACAGAGACUUGUUGAGUCGUGAUGUGCGGUUAAAGAGGUUCCUCCAUGUGUUCGCUGGCUGUCCGGUUCCAGGAAUGGAGCCUGUUAGUCGUUUAGACCCAACAGAGAAUGGGCCUUACCUGGCACUGGUGCACAAGAUGAACAGUUGUCUUAGCCAAAUGGAGCAGUUCCCUGUCAAAGUGCAUGACUUUCCUAGUGGCAACGGCAAUGGCAGCAGGUUUGUCUCUUUAAAUGACUCUACUGUUCAUCUUUUUAAUUUAUAUUGUGUGAUAUAUACUAUGGUUAUGUUGAUGCAAUUUCUCUCCAGAGGUUCUCAGGCACUGAAGUUCUUUAACACACAUCAGCUCAAGUGUCAGCUGCAGAGACACCCAGAUUGCACUAAUGUUAAACAGUGGAAAGGCGGCCCUGUGAAGAUUGACCCCCUGGCCUUGGUGCAAGCCAUUGAGAGAUAUCUCGUUGUGAGAGGGUACGGCCGAAUUAGAGAAGAGGACGAAGACAGUGAUGACGAUGGUUCAGAUGACGAAAUCGAUGAAUCACUGGCUGCGCAGUUCCUGAAUUCUGGCAGUGUGCGACAUAGACUACAGUUCUACAUUGGCGACCAUCUGCUACCAUACAACAUGACAGUAUAUCAAGCUGUACGACAGUACAGUCUUCAGGCAGAAGAAGAGAGGGAGUCGACUGAUGAUGAGGCCAACCCACUGGGGCGAGCUGGCAUCUGGACCAAAACGCACACAAUAUGGUAUAAGCCCGUGAGGGAGGAUGAGGAUGGCAGCAAAGACGCUGUGGGUGGAAAGAGGGGCCGUGCCCAGACUGCUCCCACCAAAACCUCACCUCGUAACGCCAAGAAGCAGGAUGAGCUGUGGCAUGAUGGUGUAUGUCCCAGUGUCAUCAAUCCCUUAGAGACAUACCUCACUUCGGAGCCACCAGAGACCAUAACCUUUGAUGACCCCUCUCUAGAGGUCAACCUGCUGCUGAGGGUCCUGCACUCCAUCAGUAGAUACAUGUUCUACUUGUAUGAUAAUGCUGUGUGUAAGGAAAUCAUCUCUACCAGUGAGUUCAUUAACAGCAAGCUGACAGCCAAAGCUAACCGUCAGCUACAAGACCCUCUGGUCAUCAUGACAGGGAACAUCCCUACAUGGCUCAUCGAGCUUGGAAAAACCUGUCCCUUCUUCUUCCCCUUUGACACCCGGCAGAUGUUGUUCUAUGUUACUGCUUUUGAUCGUGACAGAGCCAUGCAGCGCCUACUGGACACAAAUCCUGAGAUCAACCAAUCAGAUUCUCAGGACAGCAGAGUUGCACCACGUCUCGACAGGAAAAAGAGGACGAUAAAUCGAGAUGAGCUGCUCAAACAGGCCGAGUCUGUGAUGCAGGACCUCGGUAGCUCCAGGGCCAUGUUGGAGAUUCAGUAUGAGAAUGAGGUCGGAACAGGUCUUGGUCCAACUCAGGAGUUCUAUGCUCUGGUAUCUCAAGAACUCCAGCGGGCUGACCUCGGCCUGUGGAGGGGCGAAGAGGUCACUCUGGCCAAUCCUAAAGGAAGCCAAGAGGGAACUAAGUAUAUGUUCAGCUCCAGAGGACUGUUUGCAGUUCCCUUUGGCAGAACAACCAAACCAGCACAUAUAGCCAAAAUUAAAAUGAAGUUCCGUUUCCUAGGAAAACUAAUGGCCAAAGCCAUUAUGGACUUCAGACUGCUGGACCUGCCCCUGGGUCUGCCAUUUUAUAAGUGGAUGCUGCGACAUGAGAUGUCUAUAAGCUCCCAUGACCUUGUGAAUAUUGACCCCAGUGUGGCCAAGUCCAUCCAGCACCUGGAAGAUAUUAUCCGCCAGAAGAAGAGGCUGGAGCAGGACCAAUCACAGACGAGGGAGACACUACAGCAGGCGCUGGAGAGCCUGAACAUGAACGGCUGCUCAGUGGAGGACCUAGGUUUGGACUUCACCCUCCCAGGAUUCCCAAACAUUGAGCUGAAAAAAGGCGGCAAAGAUGUCCCCGUUACAAUCUACAACCUGGAGGAGUACCUCAGGUUGGUGGUGUACUGGACUCUAAAUGAAGGAGUGUCCAGACAGUUUGAGUCAUUUAGGGAAGGGUUUGAAUCGGUCUUCCCUUUGCAUCACCUGCAGUAUUUCUAUCCAGAGGAGCUUGACCAGUUGCUGUGUGGCAGCAAAUCAGAGACAUGGGAUGUCAAGACGCUGAUGGAGUGCUGUCGACCGGACCACGGCUAUACGCAUGACAGCCGUGCUGUUCGGUUUCUGUUUGAGGUGUUGAGCAGCUUCGAGGCCGAACAGCAGAGACUCUUCCUGCAGUUUGUUACAGGAAGCCCCAGACUGCCCGUCGGAGGUUUCCGGAGCCUGAAUCCCCCUCUGACAAUUGUGAGGAAGACGUUCGAGUCGACAGAGAACCCGGACGACUUCCUCCCCUCAGUCAUGACCUGCGUCAACUACCUGAAGCUGCCUGACUACUCCAGCAUAGAGAUCAUGCGAGAGAAACUGUUGAUUGCGGCUCGAGAAGGCCAGCAGUCUUUCCACCUUUCCUGAUCUCCCCACAUCUCACAUUCAGAUGCCUUCUACAGCGACUGAUGACAUCCUGACUUCGUUUUUUUGUAAUCACAUACAUCAAGGCAAUGUGUACAGCCUUCUUGUUAGAGAAAGCAGCUUGCAGAAAAAUUAAGACUUUAAAUAUAUAUAUUUGCUGCCCCUGUCUCUCAAAAAAGAAUAUAAAAAAACAAAAAAAAAUGGAAAUGUGUUCCAUGACUCAAAGAACAUAAAAUAUAAAAAAAGAGAGCAAAACGUAUAUCAGUAGUUGAGUAAUGUUAAAAAAAGAUGAAAACACCUGGGUGACAUUUUAAAUUGCAUUGCUAUGUGAUAUUUAAAAAAGAAAAAAAAGGGAUGUCUCCUCUACAGAGUGGUGGACAACGUCACUGGGUGUUGGGAGUGAAGGGGGGGAGGGGGGUCCAUCGAGCAAGCUAGGUUUACUUUAGCUCCAAAGAUCAUUUGUACAGACAAAUUUGCAGACUUUGCUCAUUCUACACAUUUGAUAGAAUAGCUCUUUGUUCUCAUGUCUCUUCCCCCUCAUUUCGUCCGUUGGCAUUUUGUUCUGUAUUAUAUUGACCCCAGUUUGUGUGUUGCGUUUUGGUUCGGCUUCCCCGCCCCCUCGUGUGUCUUUGCUUCAAGUUGUGAAAACGAGAAUUGCCGUUGGUUGAAUGCGGGUAGUGAUGAGCGCAUAUUAUCUUUUUUUCUUGGCCCUUACGCACGCUGAGAUUGUGUUCUGGCCUCCUUUAUUCUAGAGAGCUUCAGCUCGUAUGAAGAGUUGUAACCAAUGUGUUGACCAGGUAAAUUUGUUUUGCCCUUAUUUUGAUAGAGUUUAAUGUCUUUCUGUUUGGCCCUACCCAGAUGUGGGGGGUUUCCUUGGUAGACCAAGCUCCGAGCAAACCCUCAACACAUAAUGUAGCUGGGCACAAAAUUUGGCUGGUCUCAUUUUAUCAUUUAAUGGCCAGAUAGCAUUUCAAGCUCAUUUAUGAAAUAAAGUUUAUAUGCAGUUUCACACCCUGUUUGAGGUGGGAAUGUCUGCAUUACCUUUUUUUAAUUUUCUAUAUUGUCUUUAUUUCUUGCUGUAGUUGACUUACGAUUAUUUUUUUUCUUUGCACUGCUGGCUUGGAACAAACCGUGGUGUGCACCUGCAGUCUGGCCAGGGGAGGGCGCCACUGUAUGCUCUCCUGGCCCAAUCGUUCAUGUGCUGGUUUCUAAGAUCUGCAAUAAUUUACUGCGUCAGGUUCAUGUUUUUACCUGAACAUAAAUAAAGUAACUGUUUGACUCA